UCCCGCCUCGGCGCUCCGCGGAAGCCGGAAGCGGGGCCUAGGCUGCGGAAGCGGGUUUCCGAGGCGAACCGGAUCCAGCGGUCGGUGCUACCUGCUCUUGGACGGGGAUCGCCAUGGGGCGAGGCGGCGGCACCUUCGAGCGGCUUCUAGGUACUGGGCGCGGGGGGGAGUCCCGGCAGCGACCUGCCCCCUUGGCCUGUGACCCCAAAUACUUGGGUGGGGUAUUCUGUUCUGACCCUUCCCCUUCGCUCCCCUCGCACCUUCGCCCAGUGCUGCGCUUCUUCGGGCAGAGCUCCUGUGGGGAACGUCGAAGCCCGGAGCUGCUGCGCGGAGGACCUCCCUUUUCCAUCAGCUCCUAUCACGCUGGAAGCCAAAUAGGUUUUUUUAUCUGAAAGCUGCUUAUCUGUUCGCUGCCCAUCCCCCCCUCCCGCCCCUAUUCAUUUCCCCAUGGUUAUUCACUAUGGUCGCCUCACAUACGCCCAGAUUGAAGCUCCCAACGUAAAAACAAAACCGUGUUUGGGCCUAGCAGCUGUAACCGACUUCCUCUGCCAGACACAGACAGGAUGACAACAUUCCUUUUGCUGCCCUUUGAUCUCGAAAAUGGGCGUUUGGGGUUUUAACCAGUGUUCAUAAAGCUCAGUGGAUAUACUCUGAACAGAAAUAGCAUGGGAUACAACCCUUAGAAAAAUAAACAAGUCACACACACACACACACACACAAACAUAUAUUCAGUGACGAAUGAAGGGGUUAUCAUUGGAUCAGAGCUGUGGUGUUUGUUUAACUGACUAAUCUGGCCCUUUUUGAAUUCUGGGGGAAACUUAACAGUCUUUUGAGAAAUGAAAAGCUUUAUGCUUUUACAGUACAACACUGCUGAUCUCACCACUAUUACUAAAAUCAGGCUCUGCAAGGUGACUAACAAUCCAGGAAGUGACAGGGCAAGAACAGAACUCUCAGCUGACUGAGUCAAGAGAGCACACAGUGGUGCAUUUAGGGCAGAUGUCACAUGGGGAAGGAGUUUGAAAUGUGUCAGCUGCUGUGGGGGUGGCAAUAACAUUGCUUACCAGAAAACAAGAAAAGGGGGAUGGGGGAUGGGCACACAAUUGUCAUUAGAUUAUGAGCUCCUUUGCCAAUUUUUAUAUAGUGCUGUCCAUGAACAAUGAACUUUAGAGUAACAUUAGCAAAAGAAAGAGAAAAAAGUUAAAGAAGCUUACAGUAAAUUUUUUUUACAAUUAAGUGAGAGGAUGAAAAUGCACAGAAGCAGUUGCAAAUAAUUAGGCUUUGUGGAUGGCAGAGUUGGAGUAGCAAACAUGAGUAGGGUCACUAGACAGCAAGUAUGCUCUGCAAGUAUUGACUGUGCUAUUGGGGGUUAGAAAUGCUCUUUGUAAGGGGCCACCACUUAGCAGCAACAUAACUGUGGUGGUGUUGUUUCCAUUUAAAGAUUGCAAACUACUGUAUAUGAAAAUCUCAACAGUUUACAAUAGAUAAAAAUAAAUUUAGAAACACAAUAAUUAAAAUAAAAACCAUAUAAAAUGAUUUAUAUAUAAACAAAACAAAUUCAUAUAUACCAUACACCAUAAACAUAAUAUCAGUUAUAAAGCCAGAGAAUGUUACAAGGCAAUACAAUACAACAUAAAAUUUCAACCAAAAUAAUGCACAUCAUUCAUACAACCACUCACCCAAUCCCACUCACCAUCCAGUCCAUGCAACUGAAAUUACUCAAUAAAAUUAUAAUCCACAUACAAAGGGCUGAUGCCAAGCAUAGACAUGUAAGAUAUUUUGCAAGAUACUUUUAGGUGAACAGUCGGUCACAAAACAAAUGCUCUAGGUUCUCAAAUUUCUGGUGUACUCUACCAACAAAUACCAAGUAUGGCUUAUUUGUCCAACAGACUCCUAAAGCAAAUAACUAUAUUAGCAUUUGACCUGAAUGGUUAAUGGUUAUUUCAAUGUAUUUCAGAUAAAGCUACCAGUCAGCUUCUGCUGGAGACAGACUGGGAGUCCAUCCUCCAGAUUUGUGAUAUGAUUCGUCAGGGUGACACCCAGUAAGUGCUGAUGCCUGCACCAAACUUUCUUUGCUCCAUUCACAUCAAGGUUUAUUGAUCAUAUGCUUAGAACUGUCCCACAUUUUAACCUCGCAACUGCCUUUUGCGGUAGAGUAUUUGUGGUUGCCCAGGGUCAUCCUUUGAGCCUCAAGGGUGAGCAGAAAUUUGAACCUGGGGGUUUCCACAUCCAAAGCCAACAUUGUUGCUACUGUGGCAUGCUCUCUGCCUAUGAAACUAAUACAGAGGUAGAUAACAUGUGGGCCAUGUGUGGACACCCCCCCAAGUGAUUUUUGGUGGCCCCCAGCAAUUUGGCUGCUGUCAUUGUUUACUGAGAAGGACUUGGUGCUGCUGAGCACUGCUGUCGUGUUGUACUGGUGUGAGCAGAGAGGUUUCAGCUCCACAACCCAGACCAGUGCAAUGAUGGGGAUCUCCCCUUAUGUCUCAGAAUCUCCCCUUAUGCAUCAGAUUGAUCUGAUGAGCAGGGGGAGUGAUGUUGUCGAGCCCCAUCACUCCCUGAAGAUCAAGGAACAGCAUUUGCUCUUUCAUCCCCAUUGCUGAUCUGCAGCUGCAAUAGGGGGUGGAAAAUGGCCUUGGCAUCCAGCCCUUGGAGUGGUACUUUAUGGUUAAUAUAGCCCUUGAACCAAAAAAGGUUAGCUAGGUAAGAGGCUAACCAAAUGAGCAGUUGAUGAGUGUAGACUAAAUUUUCUGUGGGAAUUGGUUCAGCUUAGUGUCUGGAGGGUAUAUCUUCUGUGUAGCUGUAAAUUUUCUUCAGAAAAAUGGAUUUUCAGGACAGUCAAAUAAGUCAUCUAUUAAUGUCAGUCUUUUGCGGUCUUAAAAUUCCAUCUCAUCCCAGUGUAUUUAUUAGUGUAUUUAUUAACAGAACUGUUAAAACUACAUAUGAGUCCUGCUCUUCUAGAUAUACAGCCUCUGCUGAAGGAGAUGAGAAAAUUGCUUUGUGGGUUUCUUGUCCUGUGAAACUAGAGACAUGCUGUCAACUAGGAAGCUGCAGCCCUUGUGCAAAAGGAAAAUGAUAAUAAUAAUGUGACAAUUAUGUUUGCUUAUAUUGGCUUGGUUCUGUGUGUUCAGCUUUAAUAACGAAAUUGUCUGAAAAUAUUUGACAAGGAAGGUCCUGUAGAAAAGAAUAGGAAGAGAAGGCACUGCAUGUAUUUCCAAGUGUUUUCUACAACUACUGAUACUUAUUCUUUCAUCAUACAGCAGUUUCCACAUUACGUAAUAAACUCACAGAUGUGCAAGAUAUUCACUGCCUCACAUGUCAGUGAUUUUGAUUGGUAAAUGGAACAGUUAUCAUAGAUUAGUCAAAUAAUUUAGCUUUGAAUCUUGACACAUAUUGACACCUUUUCCUCUUCCAUUAUAAGUGCUGCUAUUAUAUUUCAUGAGAGCAGGGAUUUUGGGGUGGCUUCAGAAUGACAAUGGGUCCUUGUAUGCUGCCGUUAGACUGAGUUGUUAUUCUUCGCAUUUUGUUGUCCAGGGCUAAAUAUGCUGUUGGUGCAAUAAAGAAGAAAGUCAACGACAAGAAUCCACACGUGGCUCUCUACGCACUAGAGGUAAGCUAAAGUGAACACAACUUCCUCAGGGUGUAGUCACUCUCCCAGGUCAAUGAGAGAAGCUUUCUUUCCCUAACCUUGCGAGAGAGAUGUGCAGCCAGCCCACUUUUUGUUCAAAGGAGGACCAGAACUUCUGCUGCUAAUUACUUGUAACUAGGGCAACAUUAAAAGGGGAUUAGACAGAUUCCUGGAGGAUAAAGCUAUCAGUACCUCCAAUACCAGAGGCGGUAUGCCUCUCAGUAUCAGUCCUCUGGGGGAAAGGGCUGUUGCAUUUGUAUUUGUUGCUGGUGGUAUUUCCAAGGACAUCUGGUUGGCUACUGGGGUGAAACAGGAUACUUGACUAUAUAGGCCUUUGGCCUGAUUCAGCAGGGCACCUCUUUGAAUAUUUGGUCAGGGACAAUGCAUGCUCAUGAAUAUAUUUUCCUUGUAGGUCUUGGAAUCUGUGGUAAAGAACUGUGGUCAAACAGUUCACGAUGAAGUGGCUAACAAACAGACCAUGGAGGAGUUGAAGGAAUUGCUGAAGGUAGGAGCUUUUUGGCUGUUUCUCCUCCCCGUAAGCAGCUGUUUAAAGAAAAAGAAAUCCAAAUUUAUAAACAGUGAAGCACCCUCAUAGGCCAAACAUGGAGUUCCUUUCCAGCAGGAGGAAAUUUACAAGGAAAACCACUCUUUCUGUCCUUCCCACCCCUAGUAGAAGACGAAUAUACAGGUAGCGAGCAAAGAGAAUAACUGAGGUUGGGUUUCUGAUACUAGAUGGCAAGGGGCAUUGCUCCGAGCGUCAUUUCCCAGUUAAAUUGCACUUACGCUGUUCCCUUGGAAGAUUGUGGGUUCGUUUCCAUUGGGCAUAUUGCCUGAUCCUGGCUCUGCACAUUUCUACAGAGACAAGUUGAAGCCAAUGUUCGCAACAAGAUCCUGUACUUGAUCCAGGCAUGGGCUCAUGCCUUCCGCAAUGAACCCAAGUACAAGGUGGUGCAGGACACUUACCAGAUCAUGAAGGUUGAAGGUAAGGAUGAGUGACCUGUGCUGUGAAGAAGGGGGCGGGCAGGUGGGAAGACGGAGUAUGUUCAGCUGGGGAUCUGGAGAAAGCACACUGGUGCAUUUGAUUUAAGAAACAGCAAUGAGUGGCUUCCAUGUAGCAUGUCAGUAUCUUAGGUAUAAGCCCUAACGGAACACAGUAGCUUCCAGAGCCGAGAAGAAUUCCUGUGAUCUUUGUCACUUGUGAUAUUACGGUAUGUUGGACUAUGGGUCAGGCGGUUGGUUGGACUUAAUUCUGGAAGGCCAAUCUAUGCCAAUCGCUCUAGCCUCAUCCCUUCAGUACCUUUGUGGGGAUGUCAUGUUUUCUUUGGCUGGGAAAGGGAACGUGGUGAGCAGGUGAAUGGCUUGUGUGCAUUUGUACACAGCUUCUCAGGUCUGUCACUUGGUGCCCCCAUCCCAAGUACCAGCAGGUGCCAGUGGUUGAAGAGCCCAGCAGAGUGACAUUGUUGAUCUUCCUGCAGGUCACGUUUUCCCAGAAUUCAAGGAGAGUGAUGCCAUGUUUGCAGCAGAAAGGGUGAGUGUCCCAGUUGGGAAAGGGGCACGCCUCACAUAUGGAAAUGAUUUGGACUUUUUUGUGGUAAUUAUAACCUGUCUUGAUACUUCUGUUGCUGAGUUUGGGCUGAAUCAGUCUCCAGUGAAAAUCCAGCUGCCUGGGGGUGGGUGAUAGCAAAAAUAGAACGUAUCCCAUUCGAUUUGUACAUUGUGGGCUGUGGGAAGUAAGAGAAGCUAAUUGUGUUACUUACUUGCUUAUCUCGUUUUUAUAAUGUUCUUCACAACAGCAUCCCAGGGUGGUUCACAAAAGGUAAAAAAAUGUGCAGAACUAAAGCCAACAUUAAAAGCAACAGCAGAAAGUAAAUACUUCUAAUAGAUUGUUACGGAAUCAGAUUGCUCAUAACCCAGGGGUGCCCAAACUUAUUUUUCAAAGAGGGCCAGAUUUGAUGAAGUGAACAUGCACGAGGGCCGACCAGAAUGGUUGAGCUUUUUUUAGAAUUUGAGCUUUUUUUUUAGGAUUUUGCCCCGGGAUAUAUACUGCCAUGGUGCAUUUUGAGCAACCUAUGUAACUGAAGUAGGAAGGACACCUGGUAGAUCUCCAGAGGCAGCGGAAUUCCACAUGGAGGGUGCCACAACUGAGAAGGCCCUCACACGGGUCUCUCACACAACCACACCCUACAUACCAAGCACUACUCAGGGGUGGAACCACAAGAAGGGCCCCUUCCACAGAUAUUAGCUUGCAAGUGGCACACAAUGAGUGAAGAAUUCAAACAUAUACUUGGGUCCCAAGUCAUUUAGUGUAAUAUAAGCCAAUAUUAAUACCUUGAAGUAGACUUGGAAUCAAAUAGCUAGCUGGUGCAGAUCACAGAAAAUUGAUGUAAUGCGACUGUCUUUGCAUCUCAUUCAGUAAACAAGCAGCGGCAUUCUACACUAUCUGCAGCCUCCUAACCAUCUUCUAGGGCAGCUCCACAUAGAAUGCAUUGCAGUAGUCUUAACUGUGAGGCUGUCAGAGCAUGGAUCACUGACAAGAGUAUCCCAAGAAUGGCCAGCAUUCCAGUUCGGGAAGAGAACCAUCUAUUUAGUUUUUACUGCCUCUUUAUGUUACACAUGCAUUUUCUCUAUCUGGGAUCCCUCCCCAAAUACUGCUGCUCUUGGGGGUGCUUUUUUCGGGUUCUUAGGAUCACUUCAAGGCUUUGUGCCGGCCUUUUUGUUACCCAAUACUUGCUUUGUUUCUGUGCGGCAGGCCCCAGACUGGGUGGACGCGGAGGAGUGUCACCGGUGCAGAGUCCAGUUUGGGGUGGUGACUCGUAAGGUGAGUGGUGCAGCUCCCUGUCCCGACCUGGAGCUCCUUUCCUGUGGCAGCUGACAUGACACAGAGCCAUGUUAUAAUGGCAGCAAGAGGAGGUGGUGGCCGGGAGAUUUAAAUUCUAGUGGGCUUCUAUUCUUGACCUCUCCCUGUGUUCGCAGCACCACUGCCGGGCUUGUGGGCAGAUUUUCUGCGGGAAGUGCUCUUCCAAGUAUUCCACCAUUCCCAAGUUCGGCAUAGAGAAGGAGGUGCGAGUGUGUGAGCCCUGCUAUGAGCAUCUCAACAAGUAAGUAUCGGAGCUCAGCUAAUGAAGAGGGUCAUAGGCACAGAAAGGUUGGGGAAGAAUGAGGGGUUUUUUUGGCAGCCUUUCUUUCUACAUGUGCAUACUCUGGAGGGAGAGAGUUCUUAUUCCUCUAACAGUAAACUGAAUACAGUCGUACCUUGGUUCUUGAAUGCCUUGGUACUCGUACGUUUUGGCUCCCGAAUGCCGAAAACUCGGAAGUAAGUAUUCUGGUUUUCGAAUGUUUUUCAGAAGCCGAACGUCCAACACAGCUUCCGCUUGAGUGCAGGAAGCACCUGCAGCCAAUAGGAAGCUGUGCCUUGGUUUUCAAACUGUUUCAGGAGUCGAACGGAUUAAGUUCGAGAACCAAGGUUCCACUGUAGUCUGGCAAGUUGCAGCUUAAAGAGAAAGAGCUAAUUGGCUUAUUGCAGACCAACAGAUGCUACAAUAGAGCAGGUGUUGAGUGGUCCUCUCUUCCCCCCAAACCCCUGGCCGACCACCAGAUUGCAGUUCAGCUGUGGUCAUGAUCCUGGCUUCUCUGUAUACACAGGAAAGCAGAGGGGAAAGGAACUGCAACCACGGAGCUUCCUCCUGAGUACCUGACCAGCCCUCUUUCCCAGCAGUCCCAGGUGAGCAUUUGGCUGUGAUGGCAAGGGAUGGGGCUCCAGCUUCACCCGUCACCUCUUCACCCGGGUUACAGUGACUGUUGUUUCUUCUGCCCUCAGCUGCCUCCCAAGCGUGAUGAAACUGCCCUGCAGGAGGAGGAGGAGCUGCAGCUGGCCAUUGCACUCUCCCAGUCAGAGGCAGAGGAGAAGGAAAGGAUGGUUUGUGUCUUGAGAAUUAGGGGGGGAUUCCUGUGACAUUAAUACUCGGAGGUACCCCGCAGGGUUGACUGCCUUGUAGCGCCCAAAGAGCUUUGGUAGCUCAGUGUUCUGCAUAAACUCCUUUCCCUGCAACAGCCUAGUCCUCAAAUAUGGGAAACUUGUGCUGAUGUCGUCUCCCCCCUGCCAAAAUGAGGCAUUUUAAUUGUUGGGUACUUUGCCAAUCGGGUGUUUGUAACUACCAGAAGCGAUUCCGGAAAACAUACACGUUAUGCCGUGUUCAGUUAAUUAAAAUGCUGCACUAACUUUCCCAUUUUGUUGUCUAAUUAAGAGCAGAUAAAGACCAUGCUGAUUCUGGGUGAAUCAAAUUUCAUCACUAACGGCACACUUAUUUGUGCCAUUCUGAGAUGCCCAGACGUGGCUGGUAACUGUCAGGAGGCAUGCUUCAUGCUUCAUUCCCAAUCAGCUUCUGGCUUGCUGGCUGAAUGCAAAAGUGGUUCCUGGCUUGCUGUGCAAGUUCAGGAAUCGGUGAAGCAUUCCUAUAUCGUUCUCCCUCUUGCUUUUCCUCUGCAGAGACAGAAAAGCACGUAUUCCACAUACCCCAAGGCUGAGCCGACACCAGUCACCUCAUCGGCUCCACCAGUCAACACCCUCUAUUCCUCACCUGUGGUAAGUGCCCACCCACCUGGAGAGAUUUCCCCUUUUGCCAUUUAGACACUUCUCCCGUGUCAUGAACAUUCUGUGGUUCUUUGGUAAGUCCAACAAUGUCCAUGGGAGAGGAAGAGAAUGGGUGUUGGCUUUUCCUGUCACCUUGCUUCAGCAGCUCCUUCUGCUCACGAGUCCCCUCAUGCCUUGAAGCUUGAAACAGGCAGCGUUUCAAGCUUGAUCUCCUAAGGGAAGGGGAGGCAGUGGGGGUACUCAUCUUUGCAUGGGUGGUUAAUCCUGCAAUAUGUGUCUUAUUUCAGAACUCCUCUGCACCUCUGGCCGAGGACAUUGACCCUGAGGUAAGACCCCCCAUCCCCAUAUGCCAUUUUGUAGUUUGCUGGUAUCAGCGGCACCCUGGCUAGUGACAACCAGCUUGCUUCCUGUUUCCCAACAUCUCCUUGCAGUUGGCUCGGUACCUGAACCGCAACUACUGGGAGAAGAAGCAGGAGGAGGUGCGCAAGAGCCCCACCCCUUCAGCCCCGCUAUCCAUGGGGGAGCCAGCAACCCAGAACACCGAGGUCCAGCCUGCCCCGCUCAGUGUGGUGGAGGUAAGAGCAGCCUUCCCUUUCUGUGUGCUCUUAGGAUGCUCCACAGUAAGGCAGAAUUAGGCUCAGCUGCUGGGUUUGUUUGGUUUUUUCCUGAAAUGGUUGCCAGCUGGUGAGCAACUGCUGUUUCUUUCUCCAAUGUGAGCAGCGGGAUUAAAGGAGGCCAGGCACGGAGUGCGACAAGCUUUCUGUGCUGCAUUUGAACAGUCUGGAGGUUUAAGGUUUUUACAGGAGAUGCAUCGCCUUGCAGGGAAACAGGACAGGGGUAACCCAAGGCAGCUGAAGCCACAUUGAAAAAUGAACUCGGUUGAGCUUUAACUUAGUUGGAAUUUCGGCUUCCAGUUAAUGGUCUCCCCAUCUCUCUCUGAUGGUCUCCCCAGCAGCAAUACCAAAACGGCGAGACAGACGAGAGCCACGACCAGUUCCUGAAGGCUCUGCAGAACGCCGUCACCACCUUCGUCAACCGCAUGAAGAGCAACCACCUGCGGGGCCGGAGCAUCACCAAUGACUCCGCCGUGCUCUCGCUCUUCCAGUCCAUCAACAGCAUGCACCCUCAGCUCCUGGAGCUGCUGAACCAGUUGGAUGAGCGCCGCCGUAAGUUCCCAGGGCCCCGGCCCUUAAUGUGGGCAGAGACCUGUGGGAGGAGCUUGUAGCACGGUUGGGAUCGCCUCUCUCCCUGUUAAAUCAUAGGCGGUUAAUUGACUUCCUUGCGUUGAACCAAAAUGGGCAUUGGGGCUUCCUUUCCACUUUUUAGCAUUGGGGUGGGAAGGAAGGGAAGAUGGUGUGAUGCCUUUGGCCCACGCUGAGGAGUCUGCCCUGCUUUCCUUGAGGUGAGAGCUAUAAUAUAAUAUUUGUAUUAUUUAUACCCAGCCCAUCUGGCUGGGUUUUCCCAGCCACUCUGGGUGGCUUCCAACAGAACACUAAAAUAAAAUAACUAUUAAACAUUAAAAGCUUCCCUAAACAGGGCUGCCUUCAGAUGUCUUCUAAAAGUCUGGUAGUUGUUUUUUCUCUUUGACAUCUGGUGGGAGGGCGUUCCACAGGGAGGGCACCACUACUGAGAAGGCCCUCUGCCUGGUUCCCUGUAACUUGGCUUCUCACAGCGAGGAACCGCCAGAAGGCCCUCGGCGCUGGACCUCAGUGCUAUACCUCCUGUGGAUCUCAUGGAGGUGGGGCUUCUGACUACGCCUUUUUUCGCCCCUUCCCCCUGCCCAGUGUACUAUGAAGGACUUCAAGAUAAACUUGCCCAGAUCCGGGAUGCGCGGGGAGCCCUGAACGCUCUGCGGGAGGAACACAGGGAGAAGCUGCGCCGUGCUGCCGAGGAGGCCGAGCGCCAGCGCCAGAUCCAGCUAGCCCAGAAGCUUGAGAUUAUGCGGCAGAAGAAACAGGUGAGGUGGCCGGUGCCAAGUGUGUCCGAUACAAAAGGUACAUCUGCCCUCUGCAAAAUGGUUUGCAAGCGGUGCAGCCUAGUAAAGCAUGAAGCCCCAUGGCUCCCGUGUUGUAACACAUCCCAUGUGCUUCUCCAACUUGUAGGAAUACCUGGAGAUGCAACGGCAGUUGGCGAUCCAGCGCCUUCAGGAGCAAGAGAAGGAGCGCCAGCUGCGGCUGGAGCAGCAGAAGCAAACGAUCCAAAUGCGGGCCCAGAUGCCUGCUUUCUCCUUGCCGUAUGCUCAGGUAUGACGGGUGGAGAGGCCGAGAAUCCCUCCUCCUCUUCCCUUCCAUGGCUGUUCUCUUUGCAAAUACAUCAGCCAAGUCACGGUCCCUCUUUUAACCUGCUUCCUGUCUCUGUAGCUGCAGGCCAUGCCUCCUGCUGGCGGGGUGAUCUACCAGCCAUCAGGCCCCACAAGCUUCCCAGGCACCUUCAGCCCAGCAGGCUCUGUGGAGGGCUCACCUAUGCACACAGUGUACAUGAGCCAGCCUGCCCAGGGCAGCACCGGACCGUACACUGCAAUGCCUGUGGCAGGAACAGGUAAGAGCAAUAGGAUGGAGGGGGAAUGUGUUAGCUGAAAGCACCUGAAACGGGAUACCGGGUCUCGGAAGGCUGUCCUUUUCUCAUAUUUCAUCUGUAUUUCAGAUCCCAACAUGGUGAGCACCUACAUGUACUCAGCAAGCACUAAUAACGCCCAGGCAGCUCCGCAAGGGCAGGCUGUGCCCACCACGAAUCCUGCCUAUUCUUCCUACCAACCUACACCUACCCAAGGCUACCAGGCAAGUUUGACCCACAGCCCAAAUUUCCUUUGCCCCAAAUCGGGGGAUUAAAUCCCAACAGGUUAUAUGUACUGUUGUGAAAGUGGAGGGGGAAGAGUUCAAGCCAGUGUGGUGAUGUCAUUAGUGUUUGACUAGGACAGAGAAAAUCCAAGUUUGAAUCAUUCUAGCGGUGAUGCUUCUGUUAUUAUGACGUUGAAGCACCUAUUUUAAACCAUUUUCAGAAGGGUAGCCAAGUUAGGUCUGUUGCAGCAAAAAUAACGGAGCCUUGUGGCAACAUAAAAGACAAAAAUAAUAAUAAUCAUUGCAUCAGCUUCAAUGGACUACAGUCCAGUUCAUCUCAUUAUGCGUGUUGUGGUUCAAGCAUUUGGAUUUGGACCUGGGAAUUCCAGGUUCAAGUCUUCCCAUAGCCAUCAAGCACAGUGCAAGUAGCAAGCUCUCCGUCUUACCUAUAGCACCUAUGUGAAUACAGUGGAGAGGACUGUACAUGCCGCCUUGAUCUGCUUGGAGGAAGAGUGGAAUAUAAAUAGUCUUUGCCAGCUUGCAAGUAGCAAAAGUUUCUCCCUGUGUUCUUGCCUGUGUGUUGAAGUUUGUCUAGACUUCUCACCCAUUCCUGCCUCCUUUACCUUGCAGAACGCAGCUGCCCCUUCCCAGACCCAGGCGAUCCCAGCCAUGACACAAGCGCCGCAGGGUUACAUGGGCAAUCAGUCGGUCUCCAUGGGCUACCAGCCCUACAAUAUGCAGGUGAGAGACUCCUUGAAACUGUUGCGCUGUGCGCCUUCUCCAGUAUCCGGUGUGAGGGCAGCCAGCAGACAGGACUGAAGGGGAAUUCUUGUAUGUGCAUAGAGGCAGCAAAGCCACCCCUAAGCUUCAGGCUGCCUCCUGUUAUGAAUGGAGCCAUGUGGAUUGGCGGAAAGUCUUAUGCCCUCCUCUUUUCCUGUUAGAACCUCAUGUCAACCCUCCCUGGCCAGGAACAGGGUUUGAGUAACCUGCCACCCCAGCAGCCUUACCUGUCAGGACAGCAGCCUAUGUAUCAGCAGGUGAGUCUUCGACCAGCCACUUUGGGGGCAACUGUUUUGGCGACUUCUUCAUGUUAUGUUAGGCUGAUGCCCUGAAUUCCUUCAGCUCAACAUUGUUUGGCUUUUUAGCCUCUGUGCCAAUCCAUGGGUUGGAGGACCAUUACUACAGUAGCUUUAAAUGGGGGAGGAGGAUGCCUUUUUAAACAAGACCUCCUUACUCGCUUCCCUGUUUGCCUCCUUACAGAUGGCACCUCCUGGAGGACCUCAGCAGCAGCAGCAGCCUCCUCAGCAGGCUCCAGUCCAGGUGCAACAGGCACAAGGCGGCAGCGGAGAGGCUCAGCUGAUCUCCUUUGACUAAUCUCUUGGCUUAUGAGGAAAGGGAGGGGUGGGUUUCUAAGACAUUGUAACACUACCAUCUGUUGGUCACUGCUGUACUCGCUACACCAUUGCUAUUACCUUGCGCCAUCCCCACCCUGGGGAACGGAGAGCUGAGCCCCUGCUGUCCUAGGUAGUUUCCUGUUGGCUACCUGUACCUCCCCCCUCCAUCCCUCACUAAGUGAGCCUUCUGCGAGGAGCGAGAGACACCUGUGCUCAAAUAACCUUAUACACUGUUCCUUGGCUGUGGAGAGAGAGAGUAGCCCACUGCCUGAUCCUCCUAGCUUUGUGUUGGCUGGGUAGCAGAGCAGAAUUCUCAAGGAGUGCCUCCUAUGUGCGCCAUUACAGGCUGGAGAGCUGCUCUUCUCAUUGGAAACUGCAUUUAAGCAUGCUCCAAAGCCAGAGUAAAUGGGCCCAGCCCACAGCAUGAUCUGGGCCUACAUCCUUCUCCCCCCCUCCCCUUUAGUACAUUCUAUGGUUGCAUCUUGCCAAUCAAGUGGCCUUCACCUCCAACACGACUGCCCCCUCCCCCUCCAUGAUCUCACAGCCCUCCAUGUCUCUUCUCAGUCCCUUUGGAGAACCCACGACAUUGAACACAGCCUGCUCCAGGCCUGCGUUUCUUCUCUCCUCCCUCUGCCCUACUUAUGCUCGCUGCUUUUGAAGACUCAUCUCUUGUGUUUAGUGCUGGUGUAGGCAGAAUGGAACCAGUGACAAUAAAGUAUUUAAAACUUUU